GCGAGGGGGGCGCGUGCGCAGUUGGGGCUCCUCGAACAAAAAACCUCCCCCCUUCCCUCCCCCGGAGCGGUGCUGGGUUCGGGUUGAGAGGCGGUGAGGGGGAGAAAGGGGCCGCGUGCGGGCCGGGCCGAUCCCAGCGCCUCGCCUCGCCUGGCGCCCGAUGAGCCGCUGAGAGGCCGCGGGGCGCGAGGGGAAAGCGCCUUCGCAGAGCGGCUCCGCUGCGCCCGGCCUCCCUCUGCGCCCGGCGGCGGCGCCUUCUCGCCUCGAGCCAGCAGGACGCGGGCUGUCCGCUCCCGGCAGCGAGGGGAAAAUGGCCCAAGCUACCGCACCGGCGAUGUCCAUCCACGAUGAGGACUCCUCUGAAAGCAGAAUGGUGGUUACGUUUCUCAUGUCGGCACUUGAGUCAAUGUGUAAAGAACUUGCCAAGUCCAAGGCAGAAGUUGCCUGUAUUGCUGUAUAUGAAACAGAUGUGUUUGUAGUUGGAACUGAGAGAGGAAGAGCCUUUGUCAAUUCUAGGAAAGAUUUUCAGAAGGAUUUUGUUAAAUACUGUGUUACAGAAGAGGAGAGGGCUGCAGAGCUGCAGAAAACAAAGACUGUAUCACCUGUAAACAGACUGACAGUGGAUAUUGUGGAGCUGGAAGCUCUCAGAAAGUCUGUGGAGGACUUUUUCUGCUUUUGCUAUGGUAAAGCUUUAGGAAAGUCAACAGUAGUUCCUGUGCCAUAUGAGAAGAUUCAACGGGACCAGUCUGCUGUGGUAGUGCAGGGCCUGCCAGAAGGACUUGCAUUUAAACAUCCAGCAAAUUAUGAUGUUUCAACCCUGAAAUGGAUUUUAGAAAACAAGUCAGGGAUCUCAUUUAUCAUCAAAAGGCCUUUCCUAGAGCCGAAGAAGCACCUAGGAGCUCAUGUGACAGAUCCUUCACAUUCAAUUAUACCUCCAGGUGGAAGUUGCCCUCCUAUUCAAGUAAAAACGGAACCAAAUGAGGAUUCUGGAAUUUCUUUGGAAAUGGCAACAGUAACAGUGAAGGAGGAAUCGGAGGAUCCUGACUACUAUCAAUAUAAUAUUCCAGCAGGCCCUUCAGAAACAUCAGAGAUUGAUGAAAAAAUUGCUCUUGCGAAAACUUACACAGGAAGCCACCAGGGUUCCGAUUGCAGUGAAGGAACAGAUGUGGAAAUACCGGUAGAAGACUCCUCCCAGCAUGCACCUUCAGAAACAAGUGAGGAUCCUGAAGUUGAAGUCACCAUUGAAGACGAUGAAGACUACUUGCCCCCUAACAAGAGACCGAAGAACACCGAGUCAGCAAAUGAAGCAGCCAAUACUGGGAGAAGAAAAGUGAGAGAGUUCAAUUUUGAGAAAUGGAAUGCGCGAAUUACAGACUUGAGAAAGCAAGUUGAAGAACUGUUUGAAAAAAAAUAUGCUCAAGCUAUAAAAGCAAAAGGUCCAGUGUCUAUCCCAUACCCGCUUUUCCAGUCACACGUGGAAGACUUAUAUGUGGAAGGACUGCCAGAAGGAAUUCCCUUCAGAAGGCCAUCCACCUAUGGGAUUCCCCGUCUUGAGAGGAUACUUCUAGCAAAGGAGCGGAUCCGCUUUGUGAUUAAGAAGCAUGAGCUUUUGAAUUCAACACGUGAAGACGUACCGUUGGACAAGCCAGUUGCAGGAGUGAAGGAGGAGUGGUAUGCCAGAAUCACCAAGCUGAGGAAGAUGGUAGAUCAACUCUUCUGUAAAAAGUUUGCCGAGGCCUUGGGGAGCACUGAGCCUAAAGCUGUUCCGUACCAGAAAUUUGAGGCACAUCCUACUGACCUCUAUGUCGAAGGUCUGCCCGAGAACAUUCCAUUUAGGAGCCCAUCCUGGUAUGGGAUCCCUCGCCUUGAAAAAAUAAUUCAAGUAGGCAACAGAAUCAAAUUUGUAAUCAAAAGGCCAGAACUGCUAACUGUCAGUCCAACCGAAGUUACUCAACCAAGGUCAAACACACCAGUGAAAGAAGAUUGGAAUGUCAGAAUCACAAAACUGAGAAAGCAAGUAGAAGAGAUAUUUAAUAUGAAAUUUGCCCAAGCUCUGGGGCUUUCAGAGGCAGUGAAAGUUCCCUAUCCUGUAUUUGAAUCAAACCCUGAGUACUUGUACGUCGAAGGCUUGCCAGAAGGAAUCCCCUUCCGGAGUCCCACAUGGUUUGGAAUUCCACGCCUUGAAAGAAUUGUCCGUGGGAGUGGCAAAAUCAAAUUUGUUGUUAAAAAGCCUGAGCUUGUCACUUCCUAUUUGCCUCCAGGAUUGGCUAGUAAAAUAAACACUAAAGCAAUGAGUCCAAAGAGUUCAAAAAGGUCACGAAGUCCUGCAAGCAAUUCAAAGGUCCCAGAGAUUGAAGUUACUGUUGAAGAAGGUCCUAAUAAACCACAAACAACAGACAUUCGAACUAAUUCUCAAACAAAUGGAUCCAAUAUGGGUUUCAAGCCACGAGGAAGAGAGUUUUCUUUUGAGGCUUGGAAUGCCAAAAUUACUGACCUAAAGCAGAAAGUUGAAAAUCUUUUUAAUGAAAAAUGUGGGGAAGCACUGGGGCUGACUGAACCAGUGAAGGUCCCAUUUGCGUUAUUUGAAUCCUACCCAGAAGAUUUCUUUGUGGAAGGCUUACCGGAGGGAGUGCCAUUCCGUCGACCUUCUACCUUUGGAAUUCCAAGACUAGAGAAGAUCCUGAGAAACAAAUCUAAGAUAAAAUUCAUUAUUAAAAAGCCUGAGAUGUUUGAGGCAGCACUUAAGGAAAGUUCUGCUAGAAGCCCCCAAAGAAAAAAUAACUCAUCCAGUAUGGCCAUUACAGCAAGCACCACAACCAAUACAGUGGUGAACACAGCCGCUGGUGUUGAAGAUCUUAACAUCAUUCAAGUAACUAUACCAGAUGAUGAAAGUGAACGAUUGUCAAAAGUAGAAAAGGCCAGACAACUGAGAGAACAAGUAAAUGAUCUGUUUAGCCGGAAAUUUGGUGAAGCAAUUGGUAUGAAUUUCCCUGUGAAAGUCCCAUACAGAAAAAUCACCAUCAACCCUGGCUGUGUGGUGGUGGAUGGAAUGCCUCCUGGUGUGGCAUUUAAAGCUCCCAGUUAUCUGGAAAUCAGCUCAAUGAGGAAGAUUUUGGAAUCAGCAGAGUUUAUCAAGUUUACUGUCAUUCGACCAUUUCCAGGACUUGUGAUUAACAACCAGCUGAUGGAGAAAGCUGAAGCAGAAGCGCCACCAGCGGCACCAGCCCCAGCGCCAGUACUCCCAGAGCCAGCUGAACCAAGCCAAAUAGAAGUAUCUGUAGGAGAUGUUACAGAAACAGAAGAAAAUUCUCAAAUAAAACAAGAACCGGACCCAACGUGGUAGACCUCAUCAAUACUAGGUCAGAAGCAUCCAGUUCUGAGAAGAGCUUGCUGGGACUGUCUUCAGCUGUGUAAUAUAACUGUAUAAGAGAAGUACCUUCUAUACAAACCCUUUUUGUACUUUUAGAUAGAAAUGUCUACUUUUUCAGCAGUUCUGUGAAUUGACUUAAAGCAAAGAAAGACUGUAGAUGUGGAAUGGCUGAUUUUACUUUGGAAUAUAUUGUAAGGACUAAAUUCGAUGCAGCAUUGCUGGAGAGAUGACAGGGAUUAAAAUCAACGGAGACUAAACAGAGGCUGUCUACAUUUCCCAAUAAAGCUGAAUUUUACUGUAUCUGAACGCAUCUCAGCUUUUAUAAUGAAGAAGAGUUCCUGCAGUAGUUCAGUUUGUUAGUUUUACUUUGAAAAAAAGUAAUUAAUUUUUGGUUCUUACUCCUUUAAUGGCUGAUUGGACAAUAGUAUCUGUAUAUUUGAACUAAUUUUUCCUAUGGUAUCUAUCACAAUUAAUAUGUUUUUCAUAAAUAAAAGAUAAACUGGUUCACCUGACCGUUAGUAUGCAUUGAUGAAAUGGACUGUGAAAUGGUCAGUAUGUCAGCGUGUGGAUUAGGAACCAAUUUAUAUGAAACCCUGUUACAGUUUGCUCCGCUAAUUCAAAGUAGUAAUUGCAUGUUUUAUCAAUAUCACAUGGUUUAUGUAUGAUGGGUCUGGUUUUGCAGUCCUAAUGUAGGUAAAACUCACAUGGACCUGUGAGAGCUUUCCUGCUGAAGACUGUGGGGUAAUGCCCUUCUGUUCAUCUAGAACUAGUUAUGGAAACAUACGCAAUUAAGCUGCUGUAAGUCCUACUAUGUCAAAGUAAGUCCCCUAUAGUCCUGAUUGCGCCCCACAUCAUGUAAGAGACAAAUGUAAGCAUUUUUUGAAGCUUCACAAACCAUAGGAGAUGUAAAGUUCUGGCUAUAUGAUAACCUCUGUAGAGAAAAUACAGAUUAUUGUAAAGGUUUCUCUUUCAUUGGCAUGAGUUUGGGAUGACUGCAUUAUGCACAAAUGGUAAACCUUAUUCCCUGAUAAAGAAAUAAAGGCAUUUCUGAUGUUUUCA